AUGGAGUUAUUGUGUCACGAGACUGUUGAACUAGAUUGCGGCUCUCAGCUGAAGUCCAGAACGGUUCGGGCGUUCGGAGACUCGGUUCUGACCCAAGACUCGCGUGUCCAGCAGAACCUCUUGAACUCUGAGAGACCGAACAUCGCAUCCAGACCCGAACCCGGGAACGUUACCGAGCACACCGACGUCCAGCCGUACAUGCGCCGAAUAUUAACGGGCUGGAUGCUGCAGGUGUGUGAGGAUCAGAAGUGUGAGGAGGAGGUGUUUCCUCUGGCCGUUCAUUAUUUGGACCGCUACAUGUCCCAGAAUCCCGUACAGAAGAGCAGACUGCAGCUGCUGGGAACCGUCUGCAUGUUUCUGGCCUCCAAACUCCGGGAAUCGGUUCCUCUGAGCGCUUCCAAGCUCUGCGUCUACACGGACUACGGCGUCACCAUCCCCGAGAUACUACAGUGGGAGGUUCUGGUGGUGUCUCGACUGAACUGGGAUCUGGCCUCAGUGCUGCCCUCUGACUUCCUGGAGCUGUUACUGCAGGGCCUUCCGCUGCUGAACCCGAAGCUCGUACGGCGGCACGUGCACUCUUACAUCGCGCUGACUGCCACAGAGCUGAAGUUCUCAAUCUUCACUCCGUCUGCGGUGGCCUGCUCAUGUGUGACGGCCGCUGUUAUCAGACUCAACGUCCUGACCAAGACGCUCACCGCUGAUGCUCUCCUGCAGGUCCUGAGGAACCUCUUAGACGUGGAUGAGACGUCUCUCUGCAAGUGUUACUCGGCGCUGGAGGAGACCAUCGAGCUGACGCUGGGCCGGACGUCACCUGACCUCAGCUGCACACCUGACAACGUUCAAGACGUCAAAUGGUGACAGGUGGACAUCCAUGAAAUCAUUCCAGCACUUUCCUGCUCAUUGGUUUGUUUGUCGAGUUGUUAAUGUUCACAUGUAACGUCAGU